GUCGCUGGGGCUGGACCGGGACAGGAGAGCAGCGAACGGACGGCUCUUCUGCGGGAAGUAAACGCGCAUCCAGGGCUUUAUUUCCCAUUUUCUACCUCCCCGUAUCUCCCUUUACUUUCUCGGCUUUCCAUCCUGCUGAGAUGAGGAGAUAGUCAACAGAGGAACAGCUGCUCACGAAGUUUUGAAGUUGUUGGAGAGAGUUCGGACAGAAGAAGAGGAAGAUGCUGGGGUUAGAGGUCGCCGCGCUCUGUCUUCUUUUAGGAGCCCUGACCCAUGGCCAGCCAACAGGUUGCAGCAAGACGAAUGAAUGUGCCAUAGAUGUGUACUUCACCAUAGACACAUCUGAGACCAUCGCCCUGCAGGAGCCGCCUCCUGGAGCGCUGGUGGAAGGCAUCAAGAAGUUCACCGAGGAGUUUGCACAGCGUUUUCAAGACGAAGAACUCAGAGGUGUUGUGAAGGUCAGCUGGAACAUCGGUGGACUGCACUACUCCCAGAGACAGGAAGUGUUCAGUCCCAUCGCACCCAGGGAUGACUUCAUCAGUGCCGUCAGAAGAAUCAAAUACCUGGGUAAGGGCACCUACACCGACUGCGCCAUCUUAAAGAUGGUCGAGGAAAUAAGGGGCUCACCCAACAAAGGUGCCCUGCGCUUCGCUGUGAUCAUCACCGAUGGCCAUGUGACUGGAAACCCAUGCGGAGGCAUCAAAGUGGCAGCAGAGAAGGCUCGCGACGAGGGCAUUCGGUUGUUUGUCGUGGCAGCAUCGAAUAACAUCGAUGAGACAGGGCUGAGGGAGAUCGCCAACUCUCCAGCAAUGGUCUACAGAAGUGAAUUCAUGGCUGUGGAUCUGAGCUCAGGCAGACCAGUGACACAUAUGGACACCAUCAAUAACAUCACCAAAACAAUGAAACAUUUAGCAUAUGUAGAGUGUUACAAAGUGUCCUGUCUGGAGACGCCAGGGCCCCGCGGUCCAAAAGGCCACAGAGGACAAAAAGGAGCCAAAGGAGACAACGGCGACCCAGGUCUGAAAGGAGAUAGAGGUCGCCCAGGAGACCCCGGUAUCGAGGGUCCCAUCGGUCAGCCUGGUACCAAAGGAGAAGCAGGUUCCAAAGGCGAUAAGGGAGAGAUGGGAACUCAGGGGAAAAAGGGUGUGGCUGGUAUCCCAGGACGUAAUGGUACAGAUGGACAGAAGGGUAAAAUCGGACGGAUCGGCGCUCCCGGCUGCAAAGGAGACCCAGGCGACAGAGGUCCUGAUGGUCACCCCGGAGAUGUCGGUGAACGUGGUUUCCCUGGAACUGAUGGAGAAAAGGGUGAUCCCGGUCGCCCUGGAAGACCUGGUCCCUCUGGCCCGCCUGGAGAGGCUGGACCAAAGGGAGAGAGGGGAAGUCCUGGAUCACCUGGUGUCCCUGGACUGAAAGGAAACCCCGGGGUCCCUGGACUUGCAGGAUCUAGAGGAGAGCCGGGGAGAAGAGGAGACUAUGGGCCAAAGGGUGCUCAAGGGCCAGACGGAGUUAAAGGAGACAAGGGUGAAAUGGGACCAGAAGGCUCAAGAGGACUUCCAGGAGAAGAAGGACAACCAGGCGCAAAGGGAGACAAAGGGCUGCCAGGCCCCAGGGGACCACCGGGGACAGCAGGAGAGCCUGGAAAAAAUGGCACCAGAGGUGACCCUGGUGAUGCUGGACCUAGAGGAGAAUCUGGACCACCUGGACCAAAGGGAGACCCCGGAAGACCUGGCUUCAGCUAUCCUGGGCCAAGAGGAGAACCGGGUGGCAGAGGAGAUGGCGGCAGCCGUGGACCUCGUGGCAGCAGAGGAGACUGUGGUCAAAAGGGUGAACCAGGAGACCAAGGAACUCCCGGAGAGCCAGGUGAGCCAGGUGCUCAGGGUGAACCUGGUCUAAGAGGGCCCAGAGGAGAGCUUGGGCGUGAUGGAGAUCCUGGUCCUGAGGGAGAUCCCGGCCUCACUGAAUGUGAUGUUAUGAACUACAUCAGGGAAACCUGUGGCUGCUGUGACUGUGAGAAACGCUGCGGAGCCGUGGACAUUGUGUUUGUGAUUGACAGCUCAGAGUCAGUGGGUCUGACUAACUUCACCCUGGAGAAGAACUUUGUCAUCAACACCAUCAACAGACUGGGAUCCCUUGCUAAAGACCCUGAGGCAAUCACAGGAACAAGAGUGGGAGUUGUUCAGUACAGUCACAGUGGAACCUUCCAAGCCAUCCGGCUCAACGACCCCAAGAUCGACACAUUGUCUGCCUUCAAGGAUGCAGUGAAGCGCUUGGAGUGGAUCGCUGGAGGAACAUGGACUCCAUCUGCUCUGAAGUACGCCUACGACAACCUGAUCAGGGACGGCCGCAGAGCCAAGGCCAAAGUCAAUGUGGUUGUCAUCACAGAUGGACGCUUCGACCCCAGAGAUGAUGACUCGCUGCUCACCUACCUCUGCAGUGAUUCCAGUGUUGACGUGAGUGCCAUCGGUAUCGGAGACAUGUUUGACCAAGCUGAGGAGAAUGAGAGUCUGAAGAGCAUCGCCUGCCAGAAGGAUGGCAGGGUGCUUGGCAUGAAGCGUUUUGCAGACCUGGUAGCCGAUGAGUUCAUCGACAAGAUUGAAACAGUGCUCUGCCCAGAUCCUGUCAUCGUAUGCCCUGAUCUCCCUUGUAAAUCAGAGCCUGCAGUGGCUAGCUGUGUUCAGCGGCCAGUGGAUGUGGUGUUCCUGUUGGAUGGUUCUGAGAGGAUGGGACUGGAGAACCAUCGCAUGGCCAAAGAGUUCAUCGCAAACGUGGCCAGUCGCCUCACCCUGGCCAGUGGCCCAGAUGACAAGAGGAAUGCCCGCUUUGCCCUGCUGCAGUACGGCACACCUUCAGAGCAGCGAGUGGAGUUCAAGCUCACAGGCAAUCUCUCAGUGAUCUCUGAUUCACUGGCAGCGAUGAACUACCUGGACUCCUCCUCUUAUCUGGGCAGCGCUAUCAUCCAUGCUGUCAACAACCUGGUGGUUCCAGAGGUUAGAGCAAACCAGGCUCGUCGCCAAGCUGAGCGUGCCUUUGUGUUCAUCACCGAUGGCAUCACAAGCACUGACCAGCUGAGUGAGGGCGUGGAGGCCAUGAAGCGAGCCCAAGGUGUUCCCACGGUGAUCGCCAUGGGAACAGAGACGGAUGAAGAGGUGCUGAAGAAGGUGUCGCUAGAGGACUCGUCGGCCAUCUUUAGAGGAGUUGACUACACCAUGCUGAACAAAGCCUCGUUCUUUGAGCGCUUUAUCCGCUGGAUAUGCUAGUGAGGAACUGUCAAUGCUCUGCACCACAGAAUUAGAAUCCACAGAGUGAAAGAAGGGCCAGCUCCUUCAAGCGUACACGUAAACACACACAGAGGCGUCAACAGACCUCUGUGGUUAUUAUCAUUACUGGAUGUAAGGCACUGAGGCGGCUACAUAUCCCGUUGUCAUGGGUGAAGAUUCUUUGCAAAACAAUCCACGUAGGACCGGCCGACACACAAACACAUAGGCAUGCAAUAUCAUUUGUAACUUGAUUGUUCUAUUCUUUCUACAUCUAUGGUCAGCAUCUUUCAACCAAAGACACUCAUAAGUAUCCCAGAGGAGAGGUGUAUGAUUAUUCAAUGUGUACGAAACUAAUAGUACGCUUUAUUUUGUUUUUAUUUUGUACUGAUUUUCAGUUUGCAGAAAAGAAUUCUCUCUGUCUCUUUGUCUCUUUCUCUCUCCCUCAGUCUGUUUACACAAAAUCAGUAUUUACAUUAAAGGUGCUAAAGUAGAAAUAAAGGACAAAGCCAUCUGAGGGGUUCUCAAAACUUUUUUUUUUUUUUUUACAUCAUGUUAUGCUGUAAUUGCUGUAGUUUUUUUCAGGGGAUAAAGACAUGUAGACAUAUCUUCUCUAGGGCAUAAAAAAAAAUAUCACGAACUCAGAGAAUCGCACAAAGCUGUAUGCUGUAGUUAAUUACACAUGCAUCGAAAGACAAACAUAAAAGAACCAAAUCUGUAAACACGAAGUCCAAAUAAAGCCUAAUGUGGUGACCCCAA